AUGUCCACAGAUGACACCUUCAUAGCCAUUUUCUCACAACAAGCGGCUGGAGAUGUCAAUCCUCUGCUAAGAUGGACCGGCACCAACAACCUCGCAUCACAGAAUUCCAUACCAGUCACGGGAUUUGAGCUGACUCACGAGCCGGUGGAAGAAGCUGUGCGAGACGCAUAUGUUCCAUUUUCAAAGCCAGAUCAACAUUAUAUCCGCCAAUUAUUUGACGAACUGCAAGCUCUUGGAAUUAUGGUCGGCGAAGAAGUCAUUCGCGCCAUGUCUUUGACUAGCGAAUGGGAUAGCAACCCUCGUAUUUGGAGUAAACAGCAAAACGUCACAUGUCCUGGCCGAUUAAGACUUGAUAGUGCCCGUGAAGGGGUGCAGGGAACGUAUACCUCGGGGCCUGAUAUCGAUAUCCUGACGGGAGUCGUUGGUUUGGGCGACAUUGCGGUAGCAUGGGUCGGGUGUGAAAUAUUCAUGAGGAUCGGUUGGCGAAUCAAGGAUGAUUCUUCAAUGAAUAAGACGAUGCUUGUAGCGAUGUCUAAUGGGCAGUCCUCGUCAGGGUACGUACCUGACACAUUGUCUUGGGAUCAUGAGACGUUCCAGGUGCUUGGGUCGAAACUCAUGCCUGGAUCCUGUGCCGAGACUAACAUCUCUGCUUCACUGAGCUCAAUGAUCAGCCAGUAUGUGGAUACGAAGUGA